AUGAGCAAUUUCGACAAGGGACCAAAACCAGACAUCGGCACCUUCGUCGCGUUUGACCAUGUGCGAUUCAUCGUUGGAAACGCGAAGCAGGCUGCUUAUUGGUAUUGCGCGAACUUCGGCUUCGAGCCAUUCGCCUACAAGGGGUUGGAAACCGGAAGCAGAUUGACUGCCCAGCACGCUAUUAGACAGAACAAGAUCGUAUUCGUAUUUGAGUCUGCUCUUCUCCCCGACAAUCAUGAGCUCGGAAAUCAUCUUGUCCAACACGGUGAUGGUGUCAAGGACGUUUGCUUCGAGGUUGAGGAUCUCGAUUCGAUUAUUGCUCACGCCAAGAAGGCCGGAGCUCACAUUGUUCAAGAUAUCACCACGGAAAGUGAUGAGAAUGGAACUGUUAGAUUCGCCGUCUUGAAAACGUAUGGAGAAACUAACCACACGCUUCUCGAAAGAAAGAACUACAAAGGAUUGUUCUUGCCAGGAUUCAAGGAGCAUCCGAUGCCGAAGAACUUCUUCCAAUCUCUUCCGAGAGUCGGAUUGAAUUUCCUCGAUCAUUGCGUCGGAAAUCAACCCGAUUUGCAAAUGAACUCUGCUGUUGAGUGGUACGAGAAUGUUCUCAAAUUCCACCGCUUCUGGUCCGUCGAUGACUCGAUGAUCCAUACCGAGUAUUCUGCGUUGAGAUCUAUUGUGGUCACCAAUUAUGAAGAAACUAUCAAGAUGCCAAUUAAUGAGCCAGCGUCUUCUAAGAAGAAGGCGAUAUCGCAAAUUCAAGAAUUCGUUGAUUACUACGGCGGAGCCGGUGUUCAACAUAUUGCCUUGAACACCAGUAACAUCAUAACCGCAAUUGAGGCUCUUAAAGCUAGAGGCUGCGAAUUCUUAACAAUUCCGAAGGCUUACUAUGACAACUUGAGAGAAAGACUCUCGAAGGCUCCAAUUAAGAUAGCUGAAGAUCUCGACCAUUUGCAAAAACUUCAUAUUCUUGUUGACUUCGAUGAUAACGGAUAUCUUCUUCAAAUAUUCAGCAAGCCAUGCCAAGAUCGGCCGACAUUAUUCCUCGAGAUCAUCCAACGUCAAAACCAUCAAGGAUUCGGAGCCGGCAACUUUAAGGCGUUGUUCGAGUCCAUCGAGUUGGAGCAAGAGAAGCGUGGAAAUCUCUUCUAUGAAAACGUGAAGAGUGGAAAGUAA